AAAUGCUUCGAGGUGCAUCUUGUUCUUGUGCGUUGUGCGUGACUUUGUUUUGAUUGCAAUUUACCUAUUUAUCAAUUAAAUUUCGCCUUGAUUCUACCUAAUUAAAAUAAAUUUAAAUAUACACCUAUGUCAUUAAUAAAGAAAACUAGAAAUGAUGCCGUUAAAGCUGCAGUUACAUCGUAUUUAGAGCGGCGGAAUUACCCAGAUAUAGAUGUGUUCAACAACAGUACAUCUUUCAGCCAGAGUGCGGAAGAAAUGGCUGUAUCCACCAUAAUUCAAUGUGAAUCAAGCCGAGCCAAUUCUAUUCUUUUCUCCUGUAUCAACAAUGAUCCAGCCCAAUAUGAUGUUCAGUACAACAGACUUGUCAGCUAUGUGAAAGACAUCAAAGUAGAGAAUGUAAAGAAUGAACUUCUCGGCUUACUGAGUCCUUUACUGUGUCACUUGUACCUGGAGAUGCUUCGAGGGGGGCACGGCGGUGCCGCACAGAUGUUCCUGAAGCGACACUCCGCUACUCUACCACAGAAAGACAUGUCAUACCACCAGCCAAUAGAUGGGAACCUCCCGUCAGCCCUCUACAGACCAAACAGUCUAGAACAGUUGUUCAACUCACUACAGAAUGGAACUAUUGAUAAUGAAACUCCAGAGAAAGACUACAUGAAUCAAAUUCUUGACGACAUCGGCUCAAUAUAUACUCUACAGGAAAUUGAAACUAGGCCUUCUAUUGCUGCUUUCAGGUCGUGCAAGUAUGACAUCUCCCUGUCUCAAGAUGCGGUGAACUCUCUGAAGUGCUACCUGGCCAAGCAAGGCCAUGUGCUGAUGAUGCAGGUGCUGCAGACCUGGUUCCACAUCGACAUCAACAACGACACCAAUAAGAAAGACACUAGUGAUGAUGAAGAUGAACAGAUGGAGGAAGAAAUUAAUGUCACAGGGCUCACAAAUUCUGAAGAGAAAAUAACAGACACUAAUGACAUAUUCUCUGCGUGCAACGGCCACACGGAGUACCCGGGCGUGGACAAGGAGCUGCGCGAGCUGCAGGACGCCAUCCGCGGGGUCCGGGAGUCCGUGGCGCCGCUGAAGCUCUACAAGAUCGCCGCUCCGGAUACAUAUCUAGUCUGCGCGAAGACGGACCCCGACUGCAACAUUCUCUGCGGCGGGUUCUACAACUCGGAGCUGCGCCUGUGGGACCUCGGAGAGAACAACGUGAAGCGCAGACAGAACCGGAACAUAUCCGAGAUAGAGCUGGCUUGCAACAUACCGCCUGACCCGGACACUGUGAUUGAUAAUACUUUACACAUAGGCGGCGGCGUGGCGCUCCGGGGUCACUCGGGCCCCGUGCGCUGCGUGAGCGUGCAACCCCGCGCAGGCCUCGUGCUCGCCGCCGCCGCGCACCAGCUGCGGGCCUGGCGCCUGCACGACCACGCCUGCGCAGCUGUAUACAAAGGCCACAACUACCCGAUCUGGUGCAUGGACGUGUCGCCCAGCUCGCUGUUCCUGGCGACGGGCUCGCAGGACCGCACGGCGCGGCUGUGGGCGCUGGACCAGGCCCAUCCUGUGAGGGUGUUCGUGGGACACCUGUCUGACGUCACGUGCGUGAAGUUCCACCCGAACUCGGCGUACUUGGCGACGGGCGGGCUGGACCGCAGCGUGCGGCUGUGGGGCGUGUGCGACGCGCGGCUGGUGCGCGUGCUGUGGGGGCACCGGGGCGCGGUGAGAGCGCUGGCCUUCUCGCCGAGUGGGCAGCAGCUGGCUAGUGCUGGCGACGACAAAAAAAUCAAAGUAUGGGACCUGUCCGCCUGUUCCUGUCUCCACGAGUACCGCCACCACGGCAAGGUGACCGACCUGGACUGGUCCGCCGUGGGCAGGGCCAGCCUCGCCGGUCGCGGGUCAGCCGACGCUGGUGAUGACAACUCGCUGCUGUGCUCCGCUGGCAUGGACGGGAUAGUGAAGAUUGUUUAUGACCAUAAUGCUAAAUCUAAGCCGUCAUCGAGCCAAGAGGUCCAUUCCUACACAUACAACACUAAAUGCUCCUACCUCGUGGAUGUUCAGGUGCACCCAGACUGGGUCGUGGCCAUCGGGGCGAAAAGAUGAACAUCUUCCUCAGUAUUACACUUUAGUUAUAAGUAUCCUACUCAUUUGUAAACUGUAUAUAGUUAGGUUAAUAAAAAUAUCAAAAGAAAGA